GUCUGAAGAUAAUAUAAUGUUGAUACGCGUAUGCAUUUGCACGAGCUGGAGACCUUUUUUUUCCCUGAAGUGAAAAUGAUGAAUCUGCGGAUUCAACAUUUGGAACAAGGAGAGUGGAAUAUGUAAACAAAUCUAAUCGGUCCAGCCGUCAAAGAUAUGCGGAAGCUCACCUUUUGCAGCAAGUGAGCGGAAAGAGUAUUUACUCUUUACUCUUUCUUUGAUUUUGGUCAUUGAUCGCUGACAGGGAGCUUUCCGAAAUACUGGGUUUGCAGACCUGUAGGAUGCUUAAUCCUUGCUUUGAUGUCUUCAGUGUUUUGUACACUUGUAUUGUCCUUGGUCUGAUAUCCUUGUGUCAAGGUCAGUCAGAGGUGAUUGGUCCGAAUCAGCCAGUUGCUGCAACCGUUGGUGAUGACAUCAUUUUGCCAUGUUACCUCUACCCAACCAUGGAUGCUUCAGACAUGACUGUGGAGUGGAGUAGACCUGACCUGGACCUCAGAUUAGUCCAUGUGUGGCCGGAGAGACCUGAGUUACAAAAUCCAUCCUACAAGGGCAGAACAUCUCUGUUUAUUAAUGAAAUGAAAAAUGGAGAAAUUUCUUUGAAGAUCUCCAGAGUAAAGCCGUCUGAUGAGGGAAAAUACAGAUGCUUUGUUCCAGACCUGCGUAAAGACUCUAAUGUUCAACUUGUUGUUAGU